CGUCCAAACCGCUCGGCGAAGCCGUGGGUGAGAGACUCGUUAGAGCGGAAUAAAGACAUGGAUAGACACGAGGUGUCGGCAGAAAUGUCCAAGCUGGACAUCCUGCGGGGCAUCGUCAGCGAGCGUCUCAGCACCGCGGCCCAGGAGAUCUUCGCGGUUGUGGAAAGAACCGUAAAUAACUACGAGGAGGAGGCGUCGCGUCUCAGGCAGGAGCUCGAGCGCCAGCGGAGACACUGCCACGCGCUCCUGCAGCCACGAGUCCAGCUGGACAGCGCAGAUCUGCAUGUCCCUCAGCAGCUCCCGGUGUGUGAGGAGGUGGUUGGUGGAGGAGGUCAGCCUCGAGUGGAGGAGCAGCAGCAGCAGCAGAGAGAGCGAGCUUCACGGAGUCCCAGAGACGGGUCCAAGUGCACAGGAAGCCUGCGCCUCUUAACUGUUGAGGAACAUGAGGUUGAGGAGGAAGAUUUUCUUGAGGGCCCAGGGGCGACCCCCAAUCGACGUCAGAGGCGUCUCGAGGAGGACCCAGAUUAUCAAUUACCUUCAAGAUACUGGUCUCCAAAGGUUCAGUCUGAGUUGGUCAAGCAGAGGAAAUCUUGGAUCAGCACAGAAGAAUCGCGGAUCAGCACAGAAGACUUGCACCUCACUCUGCGGGUGCGCAUACUGGAUCCCUCCCAGACCAACAUGCUCUCAAACAACGUUUUUAGGAAAUACCCGAUGCAUGAGCUGAAGUGUCCCCUUCGUCUCCAGGAGGCCGACUUCCUAGUCCUGCUGAAGACCACCUUCCCUCAGCUGGCUGGAGAUGAUAAACCUUUUGACGUCUUUACAACCGACAGGUCAAGGAGACUACAGCCUCUAAAAUUGGAGAUGCUGACGCCAGAAAAAAUCUUCAUGGCUCUCAGAUUCACAGGAGCAGGAAAAUCAGCCUUGUACAUCCGACUGAAGAGCUGA